AUGGUACUCGCAGACCCAUCGGUUAGGCUGACCGCAGUUAACCACCUCACCUACAACGUCAUAGACAAGGUGCGCGCGACCCGCUUCUGGGUGGACGUUCUCGGCGUCAAGGAGAUUCCCAAGGCAGUUGACGGCGAGCACAUCAUCUGGCUCCAGCUCCCCAGCGGCACUAUGGUGCAUCUCAUCGAGAACGCCGGCGGCAUCUCCGAGCCGUCCCACCACGGCGCAUUCGAGGUCGAUGACAUCGAUGCUGCCUACGAGAUGCUCAAGGAGAAGGGCGUCAAGAUAGAAAGCCCUGAGAUUGGUGUCCGCAACGACGGCCAGCGCGUCUUCUUCAUCUCCGACACCGAAGGCAACCGCAUCGAAAUCUGCACCAAGUCCGGAUUCGGCGUCCUAGUCUAG